UUGACUCAGGCUUUGAGUGGGGCAGCUGCGUGCGGAACGGAAGUCAAACACACGCUGCUGUUGUUAAACUCGUUUGAAUGAGUUAUUAUUAAACAAUUGUGCGCUAUUAUUCAUCAUUCGUGUGGACGAAUCGCGUUUAUUUCGCCCGUCAUGGCUCCCACUAUACAAACACAAGCGCAGCGGGAAGACGGACACCGGAGUUCAGCGCACAGAAGCGUCUCAGAGAGAUCUGGUGUGGUGUGCAGAGUGAAAUAUGCCAACAGUCUUCCUGAUAUCCCGUUUGAUCCGAAGUUCAUCACAUAUCCGUUUGACCAGCACAGGUUUGUACAGUAUAAAGCCACAUCACUAGAGAAACAACACAAACACGAGCUGCUCACUGAACCUGACCUGGGCGUCACUAUCGACCUUAUUAACCCUGACACAUACCGCAUCGACCCGAACAUUCUGUUGGAUCCUGCUGAUGAGAAACUUCUGGAAGAGGAGAUUCAGGCUGCGUCCAGCUCAAAGAGGUCGCAGCAGCAUGCGAAGGUGGUGCCGUGGAUGAGAAAGACGGAGUACAUCUCCACAGAGUUCAACAGAUACGGCGUCUCCAACGAGAAGGUGGAAGUGAAGAUCGGUGUGUCGGUGAAGCAGCAGUUCACAGAAGAGGAGAUCUAUAAGGACAGAGACAGUCAGAUCGCUGCUAUUGAGAAGACGUUUGAGGAUGCACAGAAAUCUGUUUCUCAGCAUUACAGUAAACCCAGAGUCACACCAGUGGAGGUUCUGCCUGUGUUCCCUGACUUCAAGAUGUGGAUUAAUCCAUGCGCUCAAGUCAUCUUCGACUCUGAUCCGGCACCUAAAGAUGUGUCUGCACCAGCGGGAGUGGAUAUGAUGUCACAGGCCAUGAUCAGGGGUAUGAUGGAUGAAGAGGGGAAUCAGUUUGUGGCGUACUUCCUGCCGAACGAGGACACGAUGCGCAAACGCAAGAGAGACGUCGAUGAGGACUUGGAGUUCAUGCCUGAUGAAGUGUACGAUUAUAAAAUCGCUCGCGAGUAUAACUGGAACGUGAAGAACAAGGCCAGUAAAGGAUACGAGGAGAAUUAUUUCUUCAUCUUCAGAGACAGCGAUGGAGUUUAUUAUAAUGAGCUCGAGACCAGGGUGCGUCUGAGCAAGAGGCGGGCGAAGGUUGGCGCUCCGUCAUCUACGAAUGCUGUGCUGGUGUGUAAACACAGAGACAUGAACGAGAAAGAGCUGGAGGCUCAGGAGGCCCGUAAAGCUCAGCUGGAGAAUCACGAGCCGGAGGAUGAAGAGGAAGAACUGAACCUGGACAAAGACCUGCAGGACUCUGGUGAGGAGAGAGGUCAGGCGAGUGACAGCGAGAACUCCGCGAGUGAGUCUGAUCGUGAGGAAGAGGAGCGUCCGGCUGAUGAAGAGGAGGAAGAGGAGGAGGUCCCCAAGCGUCGUGAGAGGAAGAGCAGCGGCAGUGAGAGCGGAGAUGACCGGCAGGCUCGUGAUGAAGAGGAGAUCUUCGGCUCUGAUGAUGACAGUGAGGAAGACGAGGGUGGGCGAGCGAGGAGCGCCAGCAGCAGCGUGCAGCAGAGCGGGAGUGAGAGAGCGAGCGACUCGAGCGACGGCAGCGACAGCGAAUGAGAGACUGACAC